AUGGUAUUUACUCGUGGUGAUGUAUCUGGAGAUGUGGAUGAAAUAGACCACAAUGAACCCGGAAGUAAUAUCGAAGUGGUCUCCUGGGAUGGCCCUCGCGAUCCUGGGAAUCCUUACAACUGGUCACUUCGCCAGAAGUGGACGUUGACCAUAUUGGCGAGCUUUGCAACCUUCGUCACAAUGAUGAAUGGAACAAUUAUCACUGUUGCCCAUACCACGAUCAAUGAAGAGUUCAGCGUCUCGGAUGCUUCAUUUCCCAACUCCUACUGGCCUGUCACAUCAUGGGCCAUGGGAGGUGGGUGCUUUUCUCUCCUGAUCCUACCAUUGAUGGAGGACUUUGGUGUAAGACGAGUAUUCCUCUUGACAUGGCUGGUCUUCGUCUGUUUUGUCAUUCCUCAAGCAUUAGCCCAGAACUUCGCCACACUGAUUGUAACCCGGUUCUUCGCUGGGGGCUGCGUUGCCAUCUUGGCGAAUACGUCUGCGACAGUCGUUGGUAAUGUCUGGGACACAGAAAAAGCUCGAAAUAUCCCCGUCAGCUUGUAUAUCGUCGCCUAUCUGACUGGUGCGAGUAUUGGGCCAGUCAUUGGGGCACCGAUCUAUCAGUUCCUCUCAUGGAGGUGGAUCGGAUACCUCCAACUGAUCUGGUAUGGGGCCCUAUUCCCGGUUUACGCAUUCAUGUUCAAGGAAUGUCGUGGGGUUGCUAUUCUCGGACAACGUGCGAAGGCUCUGCGUCGUGAAGGCAGGAUGGCUUAUACCCAACACGAAAUUGAUAGUGAGGGGACGUCGAUAUGGAGGAUUGUGGCUCGGAGUGCGACACGACCGCUCAUCAUGUACUUCACGGAGUCUGUCGUCUUCUUCUCGGGCAUGUGGUCUGCUUUCACUGUGGGCACACUCUAUUUGUUCACACAGUCAGUUGAGCAGGUUUUCUCUGGUCUGUAUGGCUGGAGUCCAUCACAGGCUGGAUAUGUGCAAGGUGCAAUUGUGAUUGGAGAGUGUAUUGGCUGGGUAGGAACUCUGUUCUCUGGCAGUCUAUACUUCAACUCUGCGUCUCGGAAUACGGAGUUCCCCGGUAAACCCAUCCCAGAAGCACGACUGUACCUGGCUAUCAUUUCGGGCGUUAUCGGUCUUUCGGGUGGAAUGUUUGUCUAUGCCUGGACAUCCUACGCUUUCCUUCCAUGGAUUGCACCUGCUAUUGGACUUGCAAUGGUGGGAGCUGGUAGUGUUAUCGUGGUUACUGGAAUCUCUGACUACGUUGUGGACGCAUACGCAAAAUAUGCUGGUAGUGCGGUUGGUAUCAUCGUUACUGGCGAGAAUACCUUUUCUGCGUUUCUACCACUAGCUGCUAUGAGCAUGUACUCGCAUCUCGGCUUCCAGUGGGCUAGUACCUUGCUGGCAUUGAUCUCCCUAGCACUCUCACUUGCUCCCAUAUUGUUUGUGGUAUAUGGCAAAGAGAUCCGAGCUCGGAGCCCCUUUAUGAAAGAGGCUAUGUUGGAUAUGAGGAGGAAGAGUAUAUCCUCGGUUUGA